AUGGCCUCAAAAGCGGCGAAACCAGUCGCAAUAUCGAAGACUCCCAAAAUCCCCGAUGCUGACGCUACGGCGAGCCUUCAAUUCUCUUUACCUCAGAUGCUUGACAUUGCUCUAGGGACACCAGAGGUACCUUUCAAGUUUGAGGGGAUCACUCAGAGAGUUUCCCAGAUUUCAUACGAGAUUUUUCGAAAUGACAGAUGCCGCACGGUUACAGGUGAGAGCUCACGUCGAAGAUUACGAGGCUGUAAUGCGAUUAAAAAUUCCAAUUCUCCGCAGAAUGUUGCAACGGCAGCCCGAAUGGAACCUUCCCUUCACCUUCACGAGUAUAACAUAAUAGAAAGUUCGGGAAAGGUAAAGCAGAGAAUUCACAGCGACGAAGAUCUGACUGUGAAGGUUGACGUCUACUCCGAAGGUUCGAUCGGGAGCAGAAGUAAAAAAUCGAAGGGUUCCAGGCUUCGGAUCGGUGGAAACUCGGAGGGCGAAGCGCACUCCGUGAUAUUCGUCGAACCGAUAAUAGACGGAGCCUUUCCAACGGCGCUGGGCUUCAGGCAACUUGAGGACACCAUACGCAAGCUCCAGGCGGAUUUCCGAGCCCUUGAAGAACUCGCCACUACACCGGAGAUGAUAGAAAGGAUAAAAACCAACAGUACGGAUCCCGUUACCGACAUGUGGCACAUCAUCAACAUCACGAAGAGGCUGGACGCUGCGGAAAAGGGAAUCGACAAGAUAACAGAAAUGGUGCAGGACCUGAUCAAGAGUGACAAGGUUCUCAGUGUCGGUAGAACGAGUAGCCCCGGCGUAGAGCAACAGGGCACGGGCGAUCUUACGAAUCAAAUAAAUGAGAUCGAGAAAAGAAUGACAGAUCUGGAGAAACGCUUGACUUACGAAAACGAUGGAAACGCAAACGCGGAGGACAAACCCGCUGGAUUCGAGAGGAAACCUUCGAUUCGAAGUACGAAUACGCAGAGCGAAAAGCGAACAACUGACGCCGACGGUGACCUCGUAGCCCUCAAGAUCGAGAUUACUCAAGUGCGAAAAGAUCUGGACGAGUUGUCUGGAAGAAUCGGAAACGCCAACCACGGGGAGAGUACGAAGAAUCCUGCGGACGUCGUCGUUAAAUCGGAGCCCGGGGAUCCUGCGGACCACGGGGAGAGUACGAAGAAUCCUGCGGACGUCGUUGUCAAAUCGGAACCCGGGGAUCCUGCGGACGAUGCGGAAAGUUCAGCGGCACUUCCGAAUGAGACGGCUAAGAUUUUCGAACAGAUGCAUGGAAUGGAAGCGAUGUUCGAACAGGCCACUCAGGAAAUUCUCCGGCGAGUUCACGAACUGGAGAAGGACGUUGGCUGUCUCAUUGAAAAAUCGAACAGUGCUCCCAUGGCUGGUGUCGCUACGGAUGGAUCACAGGCGAUCAGUGAACUUGUCGGUAAAAUUCAGACGAUACAAACCGAUAUGGAAAACAUGAAUCAGACCGCGAAUCGACUUCUGGACGAAAGGGAGACGCGGGAGACUCACACGAAUGCCCUUCUGGAGCAGAUCGAACUCCUGAAGACCAUCAAGGCGGAUAAGGAGGACCUCGAGGAAGCGUUGGCCGAUAAAGCGGACGCGCACGCUGUGAACAGGAAGGUGUCGUACGCACAAUUUGACGCGGUCUGCGACGACCUUACGCGGGGAUUGGAAGACGCCGUGUCGAAACUUUCCCAGCAAGAAGGUAUAUGGCAGAAGACAUUGGAUGACGUUCAGCAGGAAAUCGAGGGUAAGCUGGACAAAAUCGAGAUAUCGCCGCUCAAGGACUUCGUCAACAAUAAGCUCAAGAGUCUUCAGGAUAAAUUGAAAGCUGUUUCCGAGAUGCGGCGAGAAAACGAAGCCGCUGGAUCGAAAAAACUGCUUCGAGACGUCCAGUGCAUAUCCUGCGACAAAAAUGUCGUUAUGAAAAUGCAAGAGGGUAUGUCAUUCCACGCGGAAGCUCUACCGUGCACUCGGAGCAUAAAACCGUAUCUGACCUACGAACUAGACCAGGUCAGGAGGCAUCAAAAGAAACUCCCUCACGGAAGGAACAUGAUCCAGUUCGAAGCUGCGAUGCAGGAGGAGGCGAGGAAGACUCGAGCGGUUUCGAGGAACCAAGAAUCGUUGGAAAAGUCACCGAGACAACAUCUCUGCAAUCGAUACUGCGGCGGAAGCCACACGGUGACCACGCCUCAGCAAAGGGUAAUGAGAAUGGGGCAUUUCUUGAACCAAUGGGGACCGGAGGCGAUUCAAUUAACCGAGGGAGUGAUCAAGGGCACCGAUGGCCAGAUGUACAGAAGCCGGGCCCUCCCAACUUCUCCCGAAAUCUGCAGGUCGCAGGAAGCCGGAGAUCAACGCAAACCUGACGAAGUGCCGGCUUCGCCGUCACGUCCUUUCGAACCACGAUCGGCCAGCGUGGCCAGUUCCCGACUUGCGGUAAGAGGAUCUAAUUGAAAACUUUUACGAGUUGUAUAAAUCUGGUGUUCAUUUCGACUACGGUUUUCAGGAGGCUCGGGAUUCGCUUGUCAGUUCCAGAUCGAACAUGAGAGCCAGUCUUUUACGUGAGUAUCCACAAGGCGGGAUCGGGAGCUUUUCGAAUCAACAAAGCGAAUGAUUUAUUUCAGAGAGAAGGUCGACGGCCCGUAGAUCAACAGCUACGAAGCCUCCGGUUCCGGUGGAACGUGGAUCUGUGACGAUUGUAGCGCCGAAGGUUUCGGUGAGUUCUUUCAAAAAUCCCGUAGAUCAAUGAUUCUCCGCUUUUCUAAUACCCGUCUUCGUCCCAACAGAGUGAAAUUAUCGAAACAACGGUGCCCGCCGCGGAGACGAAGGCAGUCAGCGAAGAGGAAGUGUCACCUGAAAAAACAGAAGAAGGUUUUCAACCCGUCUCAGAAUCUGAACCCGAGUUGAUAGAACAGCCUGAAGAAGAAGACGAAGAAGAAGGAGAAGCUGAAGAUGCGGUCUCACCUUCGAGCGAAAAGCCUCUGCCAGUUUCAGAAAGUGAAGCUGAAGAAAAUCAGCCGAAUGAAUUUCCUGCAGAAGGUGAAGAAGAAGAA